AGAUUAAGAGUGAAUCAAAAUUCAAUCACUGUAAGUGAUUCCAGUCCAAGGGAAAAUGUGGUCCAAAGUGAUUUUGUUCGUGUUUUUUGUUAAUUAUGGCAAUAGUGCCAAUAUUCUGGGGUUGUAUUUUCACGCGGGGAAAAGUCACCACAUUCUUGGCGAAAUGCUCCUGAAAGAAUUGGCCAGGAGGGGGCAUAAUGUAACGAUGGCUAGUCCGUUUCCACUCAAGGAACCGUUCCCGAAUUAUACCGAUAUUCACUUGACCGGUAUUUUGGAAGAUCAAAUAGCAAGAGAGAGUAUGUUUAUGAAAAUGAACAAAGGCCAUGCCCUGGUUGGCGUCAACGACGUGCUUGAGUUAACAAGAGCCCAAACCGAGCUCACCCUCAACCACACCGAAAUGGCCAAGUUGCUAAAAUCCGGAACAAAAUUCGACGUUAUCAUAAUUGACUGGUUCAUGAACGGUGCAAUUUUAAUGUAUGGGAAGCUCUUCAACGCACCCAUCAUCCCCAUAGCCUCCCAUGGAACCACCCAUUUGGCCAACUACAUCGUGGGAAACCCAGCCCCGCCAUCUUACAUCCCGAACGCCAUGUUGCCCUUCCCGCCCAACAUGACGUUCUUCCAACGGAUGGUCAAUGGGCUCGUUACCAUCGCCUACAACGUGGUGGGUCACACCAACGCCAAGUACCACCAAGCUCUCUUGGAAAAAUAUUUCGAAAAUGCGCCAAGUCUCGACGAAUUGAAAGACACUGUGGCUUUGGUUUUGUCCAACGGACAUUACAGUUUUGAAUCUCCGAGACCUUUCGUCCCUAAUGUGAUUCCAGUCGGUGGGUUUCACGUCCAAAAAGCACGAAAACUACCAACUGAUCUCCAGAAAUAUAUGGAUGAGGCCAAACAUGGAGUGGUUUAUUUCAGUCUUGGGUCUAACAUGAAAAGUGUCUUACUUCCGAAAGAGAAACAGCAACAAAUUCUUAAAGCGUUUGCCAAAAUUCCGCACAAAGUUUUGUGGAAAUGGGAGGAUGAUAAUUUGGAAAACAAACCAGACAAUGUCUUGAUCCGCAAGUGGUUUCCACAAAAUGACAUUCUAGGCCACCCAAAUUUGAAAUUGUUCAUAACCCAUGGUGGCCUCUUGAGCACCAUUGAAGCGCUACACCAUGGGGUCCCAGUCCUGGGAAUCCCAAUUUUCGGUGACCAGAAAGCAAACAUCCCCAACGCCGUCUCCUCCGGAUACGCCGUCCAGUUAGAGUUGGCCGAUUUGGACGAAGCCACCUUAACCAAAGCCUUGGACGAGAUCUUAACCAACCCCAAAUACCAGGAAAACGCGAAAAAGCGCUCCCAACUCCUGCACGACCAGCCCAUGUCGCCCAUGGACACGGCCGUUUUCUGGGUGGAGCACGUGAUCCGGCACAAAGGCGCCCCGCAUUUGCGAAAUCUGGGCAGUUACCUGCCCUGGUACCAGUACCUGAUGCUGGACGUGGCGCUGUUUGUGGUUUUAUUUUUGCUAGUGGUUGUUGGUAUUGUCGGGUUUGUUAUUAGGAAAAUUUGCGGUUGUUGUUGUCAGAGGAAAAGUAAGGAAAAAAGGGAGUAAAUAAAGAUUGAUUGGA